UGAAAAUUGAAACCUACCCUACCUACCUGCUACCAACUGAAACUUUAUUUUCCUUUUUAAUUUACAACUUUACUUUUAAGAUAUAAAUUUUUUAAUAGUAUUUGAUUCUGACUUAUAAUAUAAAUAAAAUGAAUUUUAAACCGGUUACCCAUGUUUUAUUUGACUUAGAUGGACUUCUUAUUGAUUCUGAGAAGUACUAUACGAAAGCAUUCGAAAAUGUUUGCGCUAUGUUCGGAAAAACAUUCACCUGGGAUUUAAAGAAGAGUCUUCUGGGGUUCCAAGGGCAGGAAUGUGCUGAUAAUAUAAUUAAAUCUCUGGAUUUACCAAUCAAUAGAGAGGAGUUUUUGGCUGAAUGUCAAAAACAAUAUGAAGUCCUGUUUCCUAAUAUUCAAUUAAUGCCUGGUGCUACAAAGUUGAUUGAUCACUUGCAUAAAAAAGGAGUGCCUAUAGCUCUUGCUACAAGCUCAAGCCAAGACAGUGUUAAUAUAAAAAUGCAAAAUCACAAACAAUUUUUGGAGAAAUUCCACCACCUAACUAUGGGUUCCUCUGACCCAGAUGUGAAGAAAGGAAAACCAGACCCAGCUAUAUUUUUAGUCUGUGCUUCAAAGUUUCCUGAUAAUCCUAAACCAGAAAAUUGUCUUGUGUUUGAGGAUGCAGUGAAUGGAAUAAAGGCAGCCUGUGCAGCUAAUAUGCAAGUAGUUGUUAUUCCGGAUCCCCGGAUAGAACCAGAGCUCUUGACAGAUGCCACAUUAGUUCUAAGUUCCUUAGACGAAUUCCAACCAGAACUAUUUGGUUUACCUUCAUAUGAUUAGAGCAAUCUUAACUAUAAAAGAGUGUUAAAGAUCAUAAAUCUUGCAAGAAAGUGGGAGGCUCUUUUGCACAGGAUGCCAGCUAGAUUAUGGGUACCACAAUGGCGCCUAUUUCGACCGUGAAGCUGUAAUGUGUAAGCAUUAAUGUGUUUUGUCUGAAGGGCGCCGUAGCUAGUGAAAUUACUAGGCAUAUGAGACUUAACAACUGUCUCAAGAUCGCAGUUGUAGUGCCACUCAAAAUUUUUGGGUUUUUCAAGAAUCCUGACCAGCACUGCAUUGUAAUGGGUAGGGCAUAUCAAUUAUCAUCAGCUGAACGUUCUGCUCGUCUCGUCCCGUAGUUAGUUGCCACACCUAUACAAUUAUGAUGUUAAGGCGAUAAUUAUGAUACUAAAAUGUUUAUAGUAACAUUAUAUGACUACGUAGGUACCUACUAUAUAACUAGUUAACACGACUACCUCAAUGUUAUUUUUAAUAUAGUGUUAAAUUAAAAAUAUAUAAUCAUGUCGAAACGCCUAAGAAAAAAAAAGAAUCUUAACUAAAUAACUUCGCAAUUAUGUUUUAUUAUUUGCUACUUGUAUUUAGCUACUGUAAGAACUAGUCAGAUAUACUUUAGGAGAAAAUAUUAAAUCAAUAAAGUUUUUCUUGUGUA